AUGGAGGAUUACCACAAACCUGACCAGCAGACAGUGCAGGCGCUGAGGAACAUCGCCAACCGCCUUCGAAUCCACUCCAUCAAAGCAACAACUGCAGCAGGCAGCGGACACCCGACAUCAUGCUGCAGUGUGGCAGAGAUCAUGUCGGUGCUUUUCUUCCACACCAUGAGGUACCGCUAUGACGACCCGAGGAAUUUCAACAAUGACCGCUUUGUCUUGUCCAAGGGCCAUGCCGCUCCAGCCCUGUACUCCAUGUGGGUGGAGGCCGGCUUCCUAAAGGAGAGCGAGAUGCUCAGUCUGUGCCACGUGGACUCCUCCAUGGAUGUCCACUCAACCCAUAAGCAGCAGUUUAUGGAUAUGGCCACCGGCUCUUUGGGCCAGGGUCUUGGUGUGGCCUGUGGGAUGGCUUAUACUGGAAAAUACUUUGACAAGUCAAGUUACCGUGUGUACUGCCUGCUGGGGGAUGGGGAGAUGUCAGAGGGUGCUGUCUGGGAGGCCAUGAUGUUCGCCUCCUACUAUCAGCUCGACAACCUGGUGGCCAUCAUGGACAUCAACCGCCUGGGCCAAAGUGACUCUGCACCGCUGCAGCAUCAUGUGGAGAAGUAUCAGAGGCGCUGUGAAGCUUUUGGCUGGCAUGCCAUUAUUGUGGACGGACACAGUGUGGAGGAGCUUUGCAAAGCUCUCAGCCAGGCCCGCCAUCAGCCCACUGCCAUUAUUGCUAAAACCACCAAAGGCAAAGGCAUUCCAGCUGCAGAGGAUAAGCCUGGGUGGCACGCCAAAACCCUGCCUAAAGACAUGGCCGAAAUGGUAAUCAAGGAUCUGCAGAGCCGCAUCAUGAACAGCAGCAAGCACCUGUACCCCCCUGCUCCCAUUGAGGACUCCCCACCUGUGAGUCUGAGGAACAUCAGGAUGCCGAGCGCACCCAGCUACAAGGCUGGAGAAAAGAUCUCCACACGGAAGGCGUACGGGGUGGCACUGGCCAAGGUGGGCCGCUACAAUGACCGUGUGGUGGCUCUUGAUGGAGACACAAACAACCUGACCUACUCAGACAUCUUCAAGAAUGAGCAUCCCAACCGCUUUGUGGAGUGCUACAUUGCUCAGCAGAACAUGGUCAGUGUGGCCAUGGGCUGUGCCGCCCGUGAGAGGAACGUUGUGUUUGCCAGCACUCUUGCUUCCUUUUUCACCCGCGCCUAUGAUCAGCUCCGCAUGGCAGCCAUCUCUGAGAGCAACAUUAACGUGUGCGGCUCGCACUGUGGCCUGUCCACUGGAGAGGAAGGCCCCUCUCUGAUGGGUCUGGAGGAUUUGGCGAUGUUCAGGGCUCUGCCUACAGCGACCAUCUUCUACCCCUGUGACGGCGUGUCUACAGAGAAGGCUGUGGAGCUGGCUGCAACCACAAAGGGUGUUUGCUACAUCCGAACCAGCCGCCAAGACUGCGCCAUCAUCUACAACAGCAAUGAGGACUUCCAUGUUGGACAGGCCAAGGUGGUUUACCAGAGCAAAGAGGACCAGGUGACUGUGGUUGCUGCUGGAGUGACUCUGCAUGAGGCCCUGGCUGCAGCUGAACAUUUAAAGAAAGAGAGGAUCUCAGUCAGGGUCAUCGACCCCUUCACUAUCAAACCCCUGGAUGUGAAAACCAUCAUGGACCACACACGUGCCACCAGAGGACGCCUCCUCACUGUGGAGGACCACUACUAUGAAGGUGGUCUUGGGGAGGCCGUUUCCUCAGCUAUGGUCAAUGAGUCUGGAUUUCAUCUCCAACGUCUGGCUGUGUCCCACGUCCCCCGCUGCGGCAAACCUCACGAGCUGCUCAAAAUCUACGGCAUUGACCGUGACUCCAUCGCGCAGGCUGUCCGCAAGAUGCUCAGCAGCUCUACCAAUGCCAAGUAACUUUCCUCCUUGCCCCACCCACCUGUCUCAUCACUUCCUUGCAGCUGAGGAUUAUCAGUCGAGUAAGUUUUUGAUUCACAUGAUACCCAGCUCUUAAAAAAAAAAAAUCCUUUACUGUGAAUGCCCCUAAGUGUGUACUGAAGUAAUGUGAUUAUGUGUCGUACACUUUGAAGUAGAUUUCCACCUUUUUGACCCUUCUUUUAAGCAUCUAUCACCUCACACAAAAGGACAGAGAUAUGCACAUAUCCUCAUCAUUCAGAAAUUCAAACGUGGCAGUAAUAAUCAUACUAUGUGAUGCUCUUGUAUGUGUGUUUUUUAAAAGCUCUUUGAUUCAUCUGGAAAUGUUUUUAUAUUGUUCUGAUGUAGCCCUUAAUUUACUGGGUGGGGCCUAGCUUUAAAGUCAGUGUUUAUCAUGACCACAGUGUCAGAGAGAAACCAGCUCAAUUGUUGUUUUGUAGAAGGUAGUGGGGAAAAAAAUCAAACAAAUGUAGGUAGGUCAUAAAGAGCAGUCACUUAAAAUCACAUCUUAAGACUAUGUAAACUGUUGUGCUUUUAAUAGUUACAUAAUUUCUCUUCAGCACUGUAUGUUUCCAUCUACCUACACACCUCCAUGUUUGUUUGUGCAAGCCGUACAACUGGAGAGGAGCAGCAGUGUGAUGAU